AUGACGGCGACGUAUGACAGAGCAAUUACAGUAUUCUCUCCCGAUGGUCAUCUUUUCCAAGUAGAAUACGCUCAAGAGGCAGUUAGGAAAGGUUCGACUGUAAUUGGUGUCAGAGGAAAAAACUGUGUUGUAUUGUGUGUUGAAAAGAAGGUGAAAACUAGGCUACAGAAUGACAGAACCGUAGGAAAAAUCGCUCUUGUUGAUGAUCACGUCGCAGUGGCCUUUGCAGGUCUCACUGCUGACGCACGUGUUUUGAUAAGUAGGAUUAGAGUGGAAUGCAAAAGUUACAAAUUGACCGUUGAGGAUCCAGUUUCUUUGGAAUAUAUUGCAAGAUACUUGGCUCAGUUAAAGCAAAAAUACACUCAGAGUAAUGGUCGUCGGCCUUUUGGCGUGUCGACUUUAAUAUGUGGAUUCAACCAAGGUGGUACACCACAUCUAUAUCAGACUGAUCCGUCCGGUACUUAUUUUGAGUGGUUGGCCUAUGUCAUCGGUAAAAACUCAAAAGUAGCACGUGAAUUCUUAGAAAAGAACUACACUGAAAAUACUGUAUCGGAUGAAUUUGGAACUGUGAAGCUUGCAGUUGAGGCCCUUAUGGAAGUAACUCAGUCAGGUGCUAAACACAUGGAGUUAGGUGUAAUGAGAUGGAAAGCACCGGCAAAGCCCGAAGAUCCUUUUGUUGACUGGCAAGUGCUGGAUAGUGAUGAUAUUCAAAAAUAUGUGGAAGCCAUUGAAAAAGAACGAGAAGAAGAAGCGGAGAGAAAACGUCAGAAGAAAGAAGCAGCCGCAGCGUUAUAA